GCGGCCCCGCGGCGGCUCCGGCGGGCGGGCCGGGCCCCGCGCUGGCCGCGGCGCGCCGCAAGGACGGCGGCCCCGCCGGCAAGUUCUGGGAGAGCCCCGAUACCGUGUCCCAGCUCGACUCGGUCCGCGUGUGGCUGGGGAAGCACUACAAGAAGUAUGUUCAAGCAGAUGCUCCUACCAAUAAAACAUUGGCUGGGCUGGUGGUGCAGCUGCUGCAAUUCCAGGAAGAUGCCUUUGGAAAACAUGUCACCAAUCCUGCCUUCACCAAGCUUCCUGCAAAGUGCUUCAUGGAUUUCAAAGCUGGAGGUACAUUAUGUCACAUUCUUGGUGCUGCUUACAAAUAUAAGAAUGAACAGGGCUGGAGGAGGUUUGACCUGCAGAAUCCCUCACGGAUGGACCGGAACGUGGAGAUGUUCAUGACCAUUGAGAAAACACUGGUGCAGAACAACUGUCUGAGCAGACCAACCAUCUACCUCAUUCCUGACAUGGAGCUGAAGCUGGCCAACAAGCUGAAGGACAUUGUCAAACGUCACCAGGGAACAGUCACUGAGGAGAAAUCCAAGGCUACCCACCAUGUGUAUCCAAGUCCUACCUCAAUGGAUGAUGAUGAGUGGUUGAGACCUGUGAUGAAAAAGGACAAGCAGGUCCUGGUACAUUGGGGCUUUUUUCCAGACAGCUAUGACACCUGGGUCCAUGCCAACGAGAUCGAUGCAGAAAUUGAGGAUCCCCCCAUUCCUGAGAAGCCCUGGAAGGUCCAUGCCAAGUGGAUUUUGGACACUGAUGUGUUCAAUGAGUGGAUGAAUGAAGAGGAUUAUGAGGUGGAUGAGAACAGGAAAUCUGUGAGUUUUCGCCAGAGGAUCUCCAUGAAGAAUGAAGAGCCCGUGCGCAGCCCGGAGAGGAGGGACAGGAAAGCAGCAGCCAGCACAAGGAAGAGGAAACAUUCCCCUUCUCCACCCCCCACCCCUGUGGAGUCCAGGAAAAAGACAGGGAAGAAAGGACAAGCAGCUCUCUAUGGGAAAAGGAGGGGACAGAAGGAAGAGGAUGAACAGGAGGACCUCACCAAGGACAUGGAGGAUCCCACCCCUGUACCCAACAUAGAAGAAGUGGUACUUCCCAAAAAUGUGAACCCAAAGAAGGACAGUGAGAACACACCUGUGAAAGGAGGAACCGUGGCAGACCUGGAUGAGCAGGAUGAGGAGACAGUGGCGACUGGAGGAAAGGAGGACGAGGACCCCAACAAGGGAGACCAGAGCCGCUCCGUUGACCCGGGGGAGGACAACGUCACCGAGCAGACCAACCACAUCAUCAUCCCCAGCUACGCCUCGUGGUUCGACUACAACUGUAUCCACGUGAUCGAGCGUCGUGCGCUUCCUGAAUUCUUCAAUGGGAAAAACAAAUCCAAGACUCCAGAAAUAUACCUGGCCUACAGGAACUUCAUGAUCGACACGUACCGGCUGAACCCACAGGAGUACCUGACCAGCACUGCCUGCAGGAGGAACCUCACUGGGGACGUCUGUGCUGUCAUGAGGGUCCAUGCCUUCCUGGAGCAGUGGGGGCUCAUCAACUACCAGGUGGAUCCCGAGAGCCGCCCCAUGGCCAUGGGCCCUCCCCCGACCCCCCACUUCAACGUGCUGGCUGACACCCCCUCGGGGCUGAUGCCCCUGCACAUCCGCACCCCCCAGGUUCCAGCUGCCCAGCAGAUGCUGAGCUUUCCUGAGAAAAACAAGGAGAAGCCAACUGACCUGCAGAACUUUGGCCUUCGCACAGACAUCUACUCCAAAAAGACUUUGGCCAAGAGUAAGGGUGCAAGUGCUGGCAGAGAAUGGACAGAGCAGGAGACACUGCUGCUGUUGGAGGCCCUGGAGAUGUACAAGGACGACUGGAACAAGGUGUCGGAGCACGUGGGCAGCCGCACGCAGGACGAGUGCAUCCUGCACUUCCUGCGCCUGCCCAUCGAGGAUCCCUACCUGGAGAACUCGGACGCCUCGCUGGGACCCCUGGCCUACCAGCCCGUGCCCUUCAGCCAGUCGGGCAACCCCGUCAUGAGCACCGUGGCCUUCCUGGCCUCCGUGGUGGAUCCGCGCGUGGCCUCGGCCGCUGCCAAGGCUGCCCUGGAGGAGUUUUCCCGGGUCAGAGAGGAGGUGCCCCUGGAGCUGGUGGAAGCCCACGUGAAGAAAGUGCAGGAAGCAGCUCGAGCCUCGGGGAAGGUGGAUCCAACCUACGGCCUGGAGAGCAGCUGCAUCGCCGGCACCGGCCCCGACGAGCCCGAGAAGAUGGAUGGAGCUGAGGAAGAGAAGAUGGAAACAGAGGCAGAGGGGCAGCCAGCAGAGAAGGUGGAGAACAAAGCUGAGAGUGAAACUGAGGAAGGAGAGAAGGUCCCAGAAGGGGAGAAUGAGAGGAACAUGGAGAAGGAGCCAGAGGGGGAAGGGGCUGCAGAGCCCAAGACAGAGGAAAAGGAGGCAGAGGAGAACAAGGAGAACGUGGAUGGCAGCAAGGACAAAGAGGCUGAGGCUGGGAAAAAGAAGGUGGAGCACGAGAUCUCAGAAGGAAACGUGGCCACAGCUGCAGCUGCUGCCUUGGCCUCUGCUGCCACCAAGGCCAAGCACCUGGCAGCUGUGGAGGAGAGGAAGAUCAAGUCCCUGGUGGCCCUUCUGGUGGAGACUCAGAUGAAGAAGCUGGAGAUCAAACUUCGCCACUUUGAGGAGCUGGAAACCAUCAUGGACCGGGAGAAAGAGGCACUGGAGCAGCAGAGGCAGCAGCUGCUGACAGAGAGGCAGAACUUCCACAUGGAGCAGCUCAAGUACGCCGAGCUCAGGGCUCGCCAGCAAAUGGAGCAGCAGCACAGCCAGAACCCCCAGCAGCCCCACCAGCACCCCAGUGGGCCUGGCAUGAACCCCCUGGGGGCACCAGCACACCCAGGCCUGCUGCCCCACCAGCAGCCCCCACCUUACCCCAUGAUGCACCACCAGAUGCCACCUCCUCACCCACCUCAGCCAGGUCAGAUGCCAGGGCCUGGCUCCAUGAUGCCAGGGCAGCCCAUGCCAGGCCGGAUGAUGUCUGCCCCUCCCGGGAUGGCUCCGAUGUCCGGGAAUCUCCUGGGGCCGCGCGUGCCGCUGGCAGCUCCCAACGGGAUGUAUCCCGGCCCGGCGCAGCCCCCGCCUGCAGAAGGAGUGACCCCACCCCCAGCCGGAGCCCCGCCGGCCUCAGCCGCUCCCUAAGCAGCCAAGGAAGGAGGAAGGAACUUCCACAGCAGCGUAGUGGUGACCAAAAGAGGAUUCCUCAGUUCCCUUCUGUCCCCUGGGGAGGUGUCCCCCUCCUCUCCCAGCCCUGUGGUGUCACACACGUUGGCACGGCGCUGUUCCUGCUCCCCACGGGCAUUCCCUUGGCAGAGCUGCACUGGGGAUGCCAGGAGUGCCUCCGUGUUGCUGCUGGGAUGUCCUUUACCCCUUGGCCGCUUGCCUUGCAGAGCUCCAUGCUGGUUUCCUCCCUCUUGGUGCUUUGAGCUUGGCCUUCUCCCGGGAAGGGUGAAAUAAUCCAGGUUUAAGGCAGGAGCUGAGCUUUAGGAUGUUCCGGGGUCUCUGGGCAGAGCAAAGCACCGAGAGGAGAGGCCAAACCACAGCUUGGGGCAGAGCAGGAGGCACAGGGCGUGCAGAGCUGGAGGCACAGGGCUGGCAGCCCUGGUCAUUCCUGGGGGCUGCAGCCAGAGCUGCCUCUAACUUAUUACAGGAAAUAUUGAUCCAUGGGGGUGAAGCUGGGAGUGACUCGACCCAAUAAAACCACUCAAUGGUAGGAGUUUUCUUGCUCCAGUUUCUACCUUUCCUUUGCCUUUGGAGGUGGUAGUUGGACCUUCCCUGAGUAGCUUGGUGCAGUAGCCAACUGAGGAAUAACCCCCUGUUUUUAGUCCCUCUUUUUGGAGCGUAUCCUUUGUACUUUUUAAAAUUAAGAAAACAAACAAAAAAAAAUUAAAAAGUAAAGUAGGUAGCGAAGAAGUGCUAGAAUUUGGGAUUGGGCUGGGAUGGCUGGGAUAGGAAUGCCAGAACUACCUCUGGAUGGCAGUGACCACGGUUGGGACAGCUCCUGUCACCCCCAGUGCAGCUGCAGGGCUGGGCAAGGGAACAGCUGCAGCAGGCACAGCUGGCAGCACUCCAGAGCUGCUGCUGCACACCUCCAGCCUGCCAAAACUUGGGGAAAAGUCCUGCAAAAAUUCCUUUUCUGCCCGUGGUUCAGGUUCUCUGCCCUCAUCCUGACCCAGGAGCGUUUGGGGUUCCUCUGCCGAGGGUCUGGACGCUGCUCCUUGAUUUCAGGGGUGCCUUUUGUCCAGCUGGGAGUUGAGGUUGGGCUGGAGAGAGACUCCCAAAAACUCUGGAACCUCCAGAACCACUUCCACCAUUUAAAAAUUAAGGAUUUGCCAGGUCUUCCAGCACGACUCCACGGUGCCACGCAGAGAGCGGCCGGGGCCUUCCCAUUCCCCUUCCCAAGGCUUCCUUCCCCUCCAGGGUCUUUGGGGUGAGCGUGGGGUUUCUGGUGCAGCCCUUAGUCCAGUUUAGAGAACCUCAGGUUGUUUUUAGUGUGAGUGAUCCCAGGAUCCAGGUGGAGACUAUUUUUUAUUGUCCUAGUGCUGAUCCUGCCGAGGACCUGGAUCCUGGGCUCCGUUUUGUUUCUGUAUAAAUAAUCCCAGUGCCCACUUUUUCACCUGAUCUCUGUAUAGGGCCGGUUUGAUUCCUGCAGCAGCCACCCAAUUUUGUGAAAUAAAAGCAAAGAA